AUGGAUGGCACCCCGUGGGUGGAAAAGUAUAGGCCUUUAAAAUUGGACGAUAUUGUUGGUAAUGAAACUACCAUUCAAAGAUUAAAAGUUUUUGCUGCGCAGGGAAACAUUCCAAACAUAAUUAUUUCGGGACCUCCAGGAUGUGGGAAAACUACAAGUAUUUGGGCAAUGGCUAGAGAAAUGCUCGGAUCAAAAGUGAACGUAGCGUGCUUAGAACUCAAUGCAUCCGAUGAUAGAGGGAUUGACGUUGUUCGCAACAAAAUAAAGACAUUUGCACAAACGAAAGUAGGAUUACCAGAAGGCAGGCAUAAAAUCAUUAUCUUGGAUGAAGCAGAUUCGAUGACUGAGGGUGCACAGCAAGCUCUCAGGAGAACAAUGGAAGUGUACAGUCGCACCACUCGUUUUGCUUUGGCGUGCAACCAGUCAGAAAAAAUUAUUGAACCCAUACAGUCUCGCUGUGCCCUUAUCCGAUACACAAGGCUUGAAGACGAAGAUAUUGCCAAGAGACUUUUAACUGUUUGUGAAGCGGAGAAAGUGGAGUAUGACGAUAAUGGGCUUGAAGCUAUUGUUUUUACAGCUCAGGGGGAUAUGCGUCAGGCGUUGAAUAAUUUGCAGUGUACUGUCUCCGGCUUCAAACGAGUGGUUGCCGAGAAUGUUUUUAAGGUUUGUGAUGAACCACACCCAGAAAUGAUCAAGCAAAUGAUUGAACUGUGUGUGAAGGAAAAGAUUUUUGAAGCAGGAAGUAUUAUCCACAACCUUUAUCGGAUGGGUUAUGCACCAGAAGAUAUCCUCACGAACAUGUUCAGGAUGUGCAAGGUCGCUGAUGUACCUGAGUACCUCAAGAUGGAAUAUAUUAAGGAAAUUGGAUUGUGUCAUAUCCGAGUUGUGGAAGGACUUUCAACGCUUCUUCAAUUGUCCGGCUUGAUUGCUCGUCUUUGUAUGAAACAAAAACAACUUCCAGCGAUGACGUAA